AUGACGAACGAAACAUCAGAAUUGAUAUCAAAACCAAGUGAAACAAAUGUUCACCAUCGUCGAAAUCGAACUAAUCAAUCGACUUCUAACGUGCCACAAUCUGAAAAACCAUCUACUGAACAAUUAAUAAUUCCACGACUAAUAUCAUAUUUUACAUAUAAAACACCAGAUAAAAUUGAUACUAAUGAUAAUAAAAAAGAAUAUAAAACCAAAUCAACACAACGUCCAUGGUUAUGCAGAAAUUUAUGUUGUAAAUUAUUUUUCAUUAUUUGUCUAGUUUAUUUAAUUAUGUUUUUACGACCGGAUAUUUCAAUUAAUAUACGAAAUUCAAUAGAAGAAAUUUUAAAAAAAUUAAAUUUAACAUCUGAAGAAUUUCAACUUCGUCCUGGACAACGUUUAGCACAAUAUCGACAACCAUCAAUGCCAAUUAUUAUUAUACCAGGUAUUGUAUCAACUGGUUUAGAAUUAUGGGAAGGAACAGAAUGUGCAACAGGACAAUUUCGUCAUCGUUUUUGGACAUCAAUGCAAAUGGUUGAUAAUAUUGGUCGAGAUCAUCAAUGCUGGCUUAAACAUAUAUCACUUAAUCUUUCAACUUGGAGAGAUCCAGAAUCAAUCCGUCUUCGACCUAUACUUGGGUGGGCUGCAGCUGAUUAUGUAUUUCCUGGGUAUUGGUUAUGGAGUAAAGUAAUACAUAAUUUAGCUGAUAUUGGUUAUGAUCCAACCAAUUUAGUAACACUCGGUUAUGAUUGGAGAUUACCACCACAAUUUCUUGAAGAACGUGAUGGUUAUUAUACACAAUUAAAAUUUUAUACAGAAUUUCUUCGAAAAAAACAUGGUGAAAAAGUUGCAUUAUUAACUCAUUCAAUGGGAGCUAAUUAUGUAUUUUAUUUUUUUCGAUGGGUUACAGAACAAGCAGGUGACCAAUGGAUUGAUGAAAAUGUAGCAACAUUUCUUGAUGUUGGUGGACCAUUAUUAGGUACCCCGAAAGCAUUUAGUGCUGUUCUAUCUGGUGAAAUGAAAGAUACAUCGGUAUUGGGUGAUGUUGGACGAAAUAUUCUUGGUAAAGUUGUUGGUAAACUUAUUGUAUUUCCAAGAUUUUUUCGUGCAUUGGGUAGUAUACCAGCAAUGUUUCCGCGAGGUGGAAGUGAUGUUUGGAAAGAAUGUUAUGGAACAGAAAAAAAUACAUUUAAACAUAUGCUUACAUUUCCUAAAGGUCGUUAUAAAAAUUUUGCAAAUCAAUUACGAAAAUUACGUGAAACAUGUGAAGAAGAAAUUGAUUAUGAUCAUGGUUUUGAUGCUAUACUUGAAGAAAUUUAUGCUAAACCAGAAUUAGUUGAAGAUAUUCUGACAAAUAAUCAUACAGUUGAACAAUUUUAUGAUGUUUUAAAAAUAAUGGCACCACGUUAUAUGAAUUUAGUUAAUAAAUAUUAUCAUUUAGAUGAUACAAUAGAUACAGAUAAAAAUGAAAAUAAAAAAAAUAAAUGGAAAUCAGAUUCAAGAUAUUGGACAGAUCCAUUAUCGACACCUUUACCAAAUGUAACAAAUCUCAAAAUUUAUUGCAUGUAUGGUUAUGCCCAAGAGCCAAUGACUGAAUGUGGUUAUUCCUAUGGUUUUUAUUCUCAUUCAGAUCAUUGUUCAAGUGCUCUACUUCUUUUUAAUACUUCUCAUACGGAUCCAUCUGCACGUAUUAAAUCAGGUGUUUUUCUUGGUCCAGGUGAUGCAACUGUUCCACUUGUUUCACUUGGACAUAUGUGUGCGGGUCCAUGGAAACAAUCUGGUAGUUAUCAUAAUCCUGGACAUGUUCAAUCAAUUAUACGUGAAUACGUUCAUAAAACAACAACAUUUGAUAUAUUAACAACACGUAUUGAAGAUGCUUUACGAGGUGGUGAAUAUGCCGUAACACAUGUUGAAAUACUUGGUAAUCGUGAUUUUUUAACUGAUUUACUUAUUAUUGUAUCAAAACCGAUUAUUGGUACAAAUCAAAGUCAAUUAAUAAUCAAUGAUAAGAAUAUAAAUGAAGAUCAAAUUUAUUCGAACAUACGUCAAAUAAGCGAUAGAAUAAUGAAACGUCAUAAACGCAAUAAUUAA